GCGAGCAGUAACUAGCACUUGUUUUUAUCCGGUGUAAAUAGACAUGUAUUACACUCUCGCAUAAAGCAGCGUGGUUAAAGCACCCGCUGCUUUGAGCAGCAGCUGAGCGGACCGCAAUGCCUUGUGCAUAUGUGUUGCCUGGUGCUGGCGAAGUGGGCAGGACAGUUUGAUUUGCCGAGAUUGUCCAGAAAUUACUCUCAACGCGAGAGAGUGCAGUUCAAAUUGUGGAGCGCUGUGCUCGGAUAGAGGACACAAAACGGAAUGAUAUUGCUUCGGGUUCUAUGUAGCGGCCUGGGAAUGCUAAACUUUCUAAUUUCAUCCGCUCUCUUGUGUUUGCAAAUCGCCUGUCAAGAUGCAGAAUACAGCGAACCACAGUCUGAAUCCAUCCCAGUGGCCUCUUCAGAUUCGUUGCCUCAUUUUCUUGUUGAACCAGAGGAUGUUUACAUUGUAAAAAACAAACCCGUCACUUUGGUCUGCAAAGCAACGCCAGCCACACAGAUAUACUUCAAAUGUAAUGGUGAAUGGGUGCAUCAGAUGAAUCAUGUAACAGAAGAAACUGUAGAUAAAGUCACAGGGCUCAUGGUACUACAGGUCAGAACUGAUAUUUCACGCCAGCAGGUAGAGAAAAUGUUUGGCUUAGAAGAAUAUUGGUGCCAGUGCGUGGCAUGGAGUGCCACAGGCACCACGAAAAGUCAAAAAGCCUUUGUCCGCAUUGCAUAUCUGCGGAAGAAUUUUGAACAAGAGCCAAUGGGGAAAGAGGUUCCAUUGGAUCAAGAGGUUUUACUUCAUUGUCGACCCCCAGAGGGUAUUCCACCUGCAAACGUGGAAUGGUUGAAGAACGAAGAACUGAUUGACCCAAUUGAAGAUCCGAACUUCUACGUCACCAUGGAUCAUAAUCUGAUCAUCAAAGAAGCUCGAUUAUCAGACACGGCAAAUUACACCUGUGUGGCGAAGAAUAUUGUAGCCAGAAGGAGAAGUGCAACUGCUGCAGUAACAACAUAUGUAAAUGGUGGCUGGUCCACAUGGACAGAGUGGUGGCCCUGUAGCACUACCUGUGGUAGAGGAUGGCAGAAAAGAACGCGCACUUGUACCAACCCCAGCCCUCAGAAUGGUGGAUCAUUCUGUGAUGGACAGAACAUCCAGAUAACUGCCUGCACCAUGUUGUGUCCAGUAGAUGGAAGUUGGACUGAAUGGAGCAAAUGGUCGACUUGUGGGGCAGAAUGCACACACUGGAGAAAUAGAGAAUGUACUGAGCCAGCACCACGAAACGGUGGGAAGGAAUGUGAUGGAAUUGUCCUGGAGUCAGAAAAUUGCACCAGUGAUUUAUGCCCUCAGCCUUCCACAGUGCCGGCUGAAGUUGCUCUGUACACUGGCGUUGCUGCAGUAGCUGUAUGCCUCACAUUACUGCUCGUUAUAGUGAUACUUGUCUAUCGAAAGAAACAGCAAGACUUUGAUUCCGAUGUCGCUGACUCUUCCAUUUUAACAACAGGAUUUCAGCCUGUGAACAUUAAAACACCUAAGCAAGAUAACUCCCAUUUGCUUACAAUCCAGCCUGACCUCACAAGCACAUCAACAUACCAAGGCUCCUUCCCUUCACGGCAGGAUGUUUCAGACAAGAUUCCAAUGACUAACUCCCCACUUCUGGACCCACUUGCAAGUGAAAGACAUGCGAUACGUAAUGGUACAGCUUUUUCCGACACUUCCACCUUUAUGGCAAGGCUUUCGAUGCAAACAAGCACCAAGUCAUUAUUAAGGGAUGCUUCAAAUACAGCAUUUGGAACAUUUAAUUUUUUAGGUGGUCGUCUAACCAUUCCCAGCAGAGGUAUAAGCUUACUCAUUCCACCAGAAGCCAUUCCUCGAGGGAAGAUUUAUGAACUCUAUUUAACUGUCCACAAAAAGGAGGAUGUGAGGUUACCUCUAGCAGGGAGUCAGACCCUGCUCAGUCCAGUUGUCAGCUGUGGGCCUCCAGGUGUCCUACUAACUGGGCCAGUCAUCCUGAGCAUUCAGCAUUGUGCGGAAGGAAAUCUGGAGAACUGGUCCAUAAAGCUGAAGAAACAAUCGCCCCAAGGAAACUGGGAGGAGGUAUUACAUUUGGGGCAAGAAAUCCCAUCUAAUCCCUAUUAUUGCCAGCUUGAUGGACAGAUGUCCCACAUAUUUACUGAAACCUUGGGUAAAUACACACUGGUCGGUGAAUCACUGAACACAACUGCAGCAAAGCGUCUAAGGCUAGUGCUGUUUGCACCAGGAACAUGCACAUCCUUGGAAUAUAGCAUACGGGUCUAUUGUCUGGAAGAUACGCAAAAUGCACUGAAGGAAGUAAUGCAACUGGAGAGACAUCUUGGAGGGCAACUCUUAGAUGAGCCUAAAAUUCUUCACUUUAAAGACAGCUAUCACAAUUUACGACUUUCCAUACAUGACAUACAAAAGGCGCUCUGGACUAGUAAGCUGCUGGACAGCUAUCAGGAAAUUCCAUUUUAUCACAUUUGGAAUGGGUGUCAAAGAAAUCUGCACUGUACCUUCACUCUGGAACGGUACAGUCAAUCCACGACUGAACUCAAUGGUAAAAUUUGGGUUUGGCAAGUAGAAGGAGAAGGACAAAGCUUUCACAUUCACUUCAACUUUGCCAAGGAUGCAAGGCAAACUGACUUUCAGUUUAUGGAGCCAAAUAACUGUGGCACAUCUUUAGCAGGACCUUGUGCUUUCAAAAUCCCUUAUCUGAUCAGGCAGAAGAUUUGCAGCAGCCUGGAUAUUCCAAGUUCAAGAGGAAGUGACUGGAGAAUGCUGGCAUAUAAAUUGAAAUUGGACCGGUAUCUCAAUUAUUUUGCCUCUAAAGCUAGUCCUACCUCCGUGAUUCUGGACUUAUGGGAAGCUCAGCAUUUGCAUCAUGGCAACCUGAACCAUCUUGCUAUGAUCAUGGCGGAAAUGGGCAAGCAAGAACCAAUGAUUUUUGUGGUGUCAGAGGCAGAGUGCUGAGGUAGCUUCAAUACGUUACUGACCAAUUGUGAACAUCACUUUUAAGGGAAAAUAUAUUCAGAUGCAACUGAAGUGUCGUUAAGCAGUAACUCUCUUCAGCUUAAACAAGAUCAAUCUAUUUUCAAUGCAUUAAGGCUUCUAUGUAGAUUUGCUACUUUUGUGAAUGGACAUUGAUGAUGGAAAUGGAUUUUGUAUUAUGUUCACUAAUUCCUGAAAGGGCUUCAAAAUAAUUACUGUUUGGCCCUGUGGUUCAUUGGAUAAUUAUACCACAUAUUUUAGCACAGAGCAAGGAAGGAAGACCCUAGAUUUAAUCUCUACUAUGUUGAUAUAAUAAUAAACUGUAACUAGGUUGGAAUUGCCCUCAAGAUUCCUAAGAUUGAUAAUAGAGACAAUGUAUGUGGUUUAUUUAUUUGGUUUAUUAUUAUUAUUAUUAUUAUUA